CCGCGGGGCCCGCCCGGUUCUAACACGGGGCGGCGGCUUCGCCCCCCUCGGCGUCCUCGCAGCUUCAUUCGGUUGUCCCUCGCUGCUGGGGGGUUGUUGCAUGGCGGUCUAAUAGCCGUGCCCCAUGGGCCAGGCCGGGGCGGGCAGGCGGAGCGCGCCCAUCGACUGAAAUGACAUUUUGAAGUGGCGUAGUGGUGGACUGUUGGAAGGAAAUGCUGUAACAGCCUGGAGUGUACAGGCGUGGAGUAUCUACUGAGCUUUGCAUAGGAAUGACUGUUACUAAUUGAAAAGUAGAUGCUGCCUCAGCUUUGGUUUUUAGCCCGUUUCUUGGUAAAGAUGGCAGCCAACAAUGCAGUGCUGAACAGACUGGAGCAGAAGGGUGCGGAGGCCGAACAGGUUAUUGAAUACCUCAAGCAACAAGUUGCUUUGCUCAAGGAGAAAGCUAUCUUGCAGGCAUCUCUCCAAGAAGAGAAGAAGCUCCGUGUGGAAAAUGCUAAACUGAAGAAGGAAAUUGAAGGGCUGAAACAGGAGCUGAUUCAGGCAGAAAUUCGAAAUGGAGUAAAGCAGGUCGCAGUUCCUCCUGGUACAACCAUUUCUGCAGCUUCGUUUUCAGAUGAUGUUUCACAACCUACAGUAGUUGCAACAUCGCCUGAUUCCAAAGAUCAAAUUAAAGGUGAAGAAAAGAAAAAGAAGGAAAAAGUAGAAAAAAAAGGUGAAAAGAAGGAGAAGAAACAGCAGCCAGCUGCUGGAAGUAAUGAUGCGAAACCUGUAGAUGUUUCUUGUCUGGAUCUUCGUGUUGGCUGCAUUAUUACUGCCGAAAAGCAUCCAGAUGCAGACACUCUGUAUGUUGAAGAAGUGGACGUUGGUGAAGCAAAUCCAAGGACUGUUGUCAGUGGUUUAGUGAAGCAUGUUCCACUGGACCAGAUGCAGAAUCGGAUGGCAAUACUGCUCUGUAACUUGAAGCCUGCAAAGAUGAGAGGAGUCGUAUCCCAAGCAAUGGUGAUGUGCGCCAGCUCCCCAGAAAAAGUGGAAAUUCUGGCUCCCCCAGCUGGGGCAGUACCUGGCGACAGAAUCACUUUUGAAGGUUUUCCUGGGGAUCCUGAGAAGGAACUUAAUCCCAAGAAGAAGAUGUGGGAGCAAAUCCAACCUGAUCUUCAUACCAAUGACCAGUGUGUUGCUACGUACAAAGGAGUUCCGUUUGAAGUGAAAGGGAAAGGAGUCUGCAGGGCAGAGACCAUGGCGAACAGCGGCAUUAAAUAAAUAAGUGGCUCUUAGAAGCUUUUUUAGAUGUCGAAAUGGAAAGUAAUGCAAGCAGAAUAAAAAACAUGAAUAUGUUACCCCUCUGAAA